CGCUCUGUUUCUUCAUCCGCCAUUGAAAAGGUCGAGGCCCCAUGAAUCGGGUUCUCUCUAUCUUCUUUUCCUCCGAGUAAUGCUACGGUUAACUGACGACCUCGGAACCUCGACGAGCCUCGAGACUCAAAGCUUGAAGCGACCGAGGAUAAAGCCUUGGCAUCUGUUGAGCAGAUGAAACCCAAUUUAGUGGGUAAGAUGCGCUUUGGUCCCCAACAUUAGUGGCAAGUUCUGUUGUUUCCUCCAAUCCUGAAAUAGAUCCUUUCAAAGUGCAGUGAAAUAUGAAUGGGACAGUCCUCGCCCCUUCAACUAUGACGGUCACAGAGAGCCUCAAAUUUUGGCUGGAUGGUCCAUUGUGCUUGACGGUGAGUGUGGUUGGCAUUUGGACCAACAUUGCGGCUUUAAUGCUCCUGGCUCGACAACGAAUCCAAAGAAUUUUCCAUCUGUUAAUGAUGUUCCUCUGCUUGUGGGACUUCUUGUACCUGGUGUUCUCCAUCAUUUGUUUCUCGCUACCGACCUUGAGCCCUCAUUUCAAGGACAAGAUCUUCAUCUACGCGGUUCCAUAUGUUCUGCCACUCGCUCAAAUCUGUUGGUUUGGAUCUUGUUACAGUACCGUGGCACUCACAGUUGAAAGGUACAUUGCCGUGUGCAUUCCAUUCUUCCGACUAAGACAUAAUAUCAAAUUGAGGAUGUACGUCUUGCCGAUUUUGAUUGUGGCUCCACUCUAUAAUUUGCCCAGAUUCUUCGAGUUUAGAACUAUUACAAGAGUCGUAUCCAGUUGUCAGUCAAACUUGGCCUCCAAUUCGUCUAUGUCUAAUUCAGAUGACAAUAAUGGCAUCAACAUCAGUGACACUGUAAAUUCUUCCCAUAUCUGCCUCUCCAAUGAACCAGAAACUGAAGGCGAAGAGGAACAAGGAGAGAAAACAAUCCAACUCAUUGUGACAACCCUACGUAAAAAUCCCCACUACAUAACAAUAUAUGUGAAUAUCGCCAACAUGGUAGUCAACCUGUUCCUACCCACGCUGAUCCUUAUCUAUCUGAAUACACUUAUUUAUCGGGCUUUGGAGCGAAAUAAGACGGUUGGCGUUCAAUUACGACGAAACGGUGGAUCCAAGGACUCAUUGAGGAAACGAGAUGUCCGUCUGACACGGAUUGCCAUCGCCAUUGUGUGCGUUUUCUUAAUGUGCCAUUUACCGCGCUUUCUCAUGAACGUCAUGGAACUCAUUUUCGAGUCAUUGCCCCAGUAUUUGGACGCGUAUGUCAGCUUCAAUAAUUUGCUUCAAACGCUGAACUGUUCCGUCAACUACAUGAUUUAUUACGGUCAUUGUUCCAGGCGCAAAGAUCAAAGAGGCAAAUUGGAAUUAGAGUCUCGCUCGGUGGGACAUCCGCAAUCGAUUUCGGCUCGCCAAUGCUCGCCCGUCAACGGGGAUCAAAUCAAAGUGGUGAGAAGUGGAAGAGGAUCGAGUCCAUCGCCCAAACCUGUUCCGGUGUGAAUUCACAUUACAUCUUCCAAAUGGAGAAAGAAGGAGAGAAUAAUCUUGUGAUGGAUGACGAACUUCAGAUGGUUUCGAGCUUGAUAAUAGUCUACAACUACUACUACUACUACUACUACUACUACUUACACCCUCGUCUCGUAACUGUGGGAGAUCAUAAAUGUCAGAGAGUGGCGCAUAAAUUUGGCUUCUUGUCGACUUUUCAGAGACGAGCAAAAAGCGUUAGAGAGAUGAAUCAUUGAGUUUCAAAAUAUAUGUAAGAAGCAUUCUAUUUCUUGUAUGGAUAGAUUUUGUUAAACUAAACCUUUCGUUGGCUUCCGCAAUAAAUAGGAGGUUUCACUGCAAUUGGCUUACCGAGGGAAAUCAUCACUUUUAUCGUGAAUGCUUGGUUUGCUGCUCGCUCACUUUGCUCUAUAGCCCUCGAGACAUUGUUAUUUAUUCAUGUUUUUGCAAGAAAAUACAUCCAAUGGGAAGAAAGUUUGGAAUUAUUUUCACUAGCAGGGGGGCAAGGGCAGGGGGUGGGGUGGAUGCGGACCAAAAGGAAAAAGGGCGUUUUACACAAAAUACUGAUUUUACUGUAGCAGAUAUAGAUGUAUAGUACUUAGCAGGGAGAUGAGAUAUUCGAGAGGAAAAGGAAGAAAGACAAAGAGACAGGGAAAUUCUCAGUGAA